AUGACAGUGGGAAGGGAUGACAGACUGGACAAUCAGAUCUAUCUGGAGUUCAGCCCUGCUCUCACCCUUGAUGCUGACCAACAAACCAUCAAGAUGUGGAGUUCGCUGCCCAAUUCCUCGGCACAGCAGGAGCAGGCAGGCCUCGAAGGCUUUGACUGGAGCCAUCUGGUUAAAAAGAGAUUUGCUUCUGUUGGACUUCGGUGGAAAACCUGGGCUACCUUGUCAGUGCAGGGGAUCCAGUCUGCCAGGCACACGCCUGCUCUGGAGAAAACAAAAAAACCAGUUAUUUUGAAAUUCCACCUUCUUCACCCUGGGCUUCUUUCUGAAGCUGCUGCAGCUGUGGCAGGGUGUGCAUUAACAUGCUGCUGGCCUGCUGCCUUCAUGGGAGUCUUGGAGGAGGAAAUGCAUCAAUCUACUGUGACCUGGAUCCUGUGCUCUGGAGUUCAGAAAUCCCAGCAGACCCUUGGAGUCAAUAUAUCCAAAGGAAAGUGUGAAGUCAUGAAUCUCAUGUGUUGGCUGGAUAAAUCCAUUCCAACAGGAACAUCCAUCCUCAGCUCUGGCUCCUCCACACCCCAAGUCGUGGUGGCAGAAGACAUUUUGGCACAUGAGCAUGAGGUGCAGGAACUCAGCAUCCUCCCACCGAGGAUGCUGUCCCUUCCCUGA